AGAAGUAUUCAUUUUUACGACAUUCGCGACGCAAUUGAACGCAUCAGGAGCAGCCCGUCGGCAAAGUUCAGACAGUCGAAAAUAACCUCUUCGACAUUCGACCUUGAGAUUGAAGCAGCUCGUCAAUAUUCUUAUCGUCAUUUUUUUGUUUUGUUUUGCACACGGUGGGGGGAAAAAAUGUCUCCGAAGCGAUAAGGACGAGCGGCAGGCGAGACGACCUUUCACCUUCUGUUUUGCUAUUCGGUACAGUAGCCGUCAUGGACGGAAGACGGGAACUAGCAUGUCGUCGUCGUCGUCGUCGAGUAGGAGGCCCAAUGAAAGAGUGAAGCGAGCUCGUGGGCCCUGAGCCAGGUUGGAUCAAAACGAGUGGCGAUGGCGCCCGGAGGGCAGACGACAUCACACUUGAGGCUUUAGCGACGCGCUCCCCCCACCCGGUACCACCAUGCAGCAGAAAGGUGCCAUCCGGAUCAUCGAAUGGGAGGACCUCGACAAGAGGAAGUUCUAUUCUCUGGGCGUGCUCAUGACCCUGGGCACGCGCGCCACCGUGUACCCGGCCAGCCUCAUCCGGACCCGUCUGCAGGUGCAGAAGGGCAGGGCGGUCUACUCGGGCACGGUGGACGCCUUCUGCAAAAUCCUGCGGGCGGAGGGCGUGCGGGGCCUGUACCGCGGCUUCAUGGUCAACACCUUCACGCUGGUCUCGGGCCAGGCGUACAUCACCACCUACGAACUGGCGCGCCGCUACGUGUCGCGGCACUCGUCCAGCAACACGCUCAAGUCGGUGGUGGCGGGCGGGGCGGCGUCGCUGGUGGCGCAGACCAUCACGGUGCCCGUCGACGUGGUGUCGCAGCACCUCAUGAUGCAGGGCCAGGGCGAGCACAGCGGCCGCUUCAAGGCCAGACCCAAGAUGAUGUUGGCGGCCGCCAAGCGCGGGCUGACCUUCGGGCAGACGCGGGACAUUUCGGUUCAGAUCUUCGCCGCGGACGGUUUCAGGGGCUUCUACAGGGGCUACGUGGCGUCCCUGCUCACAUACAUCCCAAACAGUGCACUUUGGUGGCCUUUUUAUCACUUUUACGCAGAGCAGCUGUCUCUGAUGGCGCCUAGCGAGUGUCCCCACCUCAUUCUGCAGGCGCUGGCCGGGCCCAUGGCCGCCGCCACCGCCUCCACCAUCACUAACCCGAUGGACGUGGUCCGGGCGAGGGUCCAGGUGGAGGGCCGCUCGUCGGUGGUAGAGACUUUCAAGCAGCUUCUGGCGGAGGAAGGCCUCGGUACUAUGACCAAGGGGCUGUCAGCCCGCAUCAUCUCCUCCACGCCCACGUCGGUGCUCAUCGUGGUGGGCUACGAGACCCUCAAGAGGCUCAGCCUGCGGGACGACUUGGUCCAGUCCAGACACUGGUAGACCAAGAGGAAAGAGCAACUUCGUAUUUUACCUCGUGGCAAGGAGCUCACCCAUCGGUCACUUCGGUCCCUGCAAUAACAACCCUGCCAAAAAAUAUCAAAGAUAUGACAGUUUAAAAAAAAAAUACUGCUGUACGAAAAGCUACUGUGCUUUACAACGAGAAAUGAGGUUUUUUUUGGAUGGAAAGUGGAACACAAUCAGUUUUGUGAAUUAUUUCACAACGUCAAGUGAAUUAACUGUUCAGGCAAUCUUCUAGUUACAGUGAUCCCAUUACUGCAGGGAAUACGUACAGAGCCUCCAUAUGACUAGCAAAAGAUUAAAAAAAUAGUUUUUUUUUCCCCCAAACAUAAAGCUUGUUUCUCAGUCGAGAUGUGUCCAUUCAGCUACGUACUUGGACCAAGUACUGUUUUACUUUAUUUCGACAGGCCUUCGACACAAUAAUCUUGAGGGAUCGUCAGAAAAUUCACAAAAUGGCAAAUAAGUGAGUUUGCAAACAGCGAAUUGCGACUAAGCAUGAGAUUUUUGGAAACCUGUAACGCUCUCAACAAUCAUCCAAAUGUAAAAAGUUAACCAGUCUAAUACAAUUGAAAUAAAGUAACAUACCUUUUGAGGACUGUCCACGUAACAAGUAGGCGUUUGCAAUGCAACACUGGAAAAAAAAACUACUCGUAUGAAGACAGAACCAUACACGUGGGCAUUUCCAUGCAUUUAAAAUUUCAGCUACACUUUUUUUUUUUUUUUACAUGGACCCCUGUUUAAUUUAUUUUCUAUUUCUUUUGAGUUAAUUCUUCUGCUCAUAUUGUCAUUUUACAGAUGCUUUCCUCCGUGGCAGUAAUUUCCCGUUCUUGUUUGUUUUGACGUUACACAAUCCCCCGGCUACAAAUCUCACAAUCUCAUCAUAAAAGCUUAUUUGCCUUUGGAGAUUCUGCUGUAUGAUACGAGAGUGAUUUUAUGGAGAGAAAUUUACCUUUUGAUGAAUUCACUAUUAUUUUGUCCCCCACCACCCACCCCAGAAUGUGGAUUUUAGGUGCCAAAAAUUGGGCCUGUGAAACACGACAGAUCUCAAAGUGAAGAUACUUGACAAAAUUCUUAGGGGAAAAAAAUACACUAGUAGAUUUAUAUGAGAAGUUAGUCACUGAUUAAUGUUUCAGGACAACUAAAAAGCAAAAAUCACAAUUUUAGCUGAUUUGCAGCACUUCUGGGAACAACCAUUUGCUAUGGCGCGCGUCCAUAUUAGGGUGCUGGGUGAGCCGGAGCUUGUCACAAACGAUUGCUGAGAGGUAGGCAGCACCUCGGAAUGGUCCCAGCCAACUGCAGGUCACAGAUAGAGAAACAACCCUGAACAUCAAUGGACAAUUCCAUGCCAUGAGUGACGCCAGAGUACCAAAGAAACUUCUCUGAAACACGAGUGAAAAUGCAAAUGCCACUCGGCAGGAUCUGAGCUGAGAUUUCAAGCCAGAACUGUGAGGGAGGCACGUUACCGACGAGUACGCCGCUACCUGUUCCGUUAUCUUUUUGAAACUACCUUGCCAUCCUUAAUUUGACAGCGCGAUGCUCCUUUGAAAGACUGAAAUUUGGAUGCGCACCAACAGACUGAAAUUGUCAUUCUGGAAUAAAA